CAUCGUUGUACCAUAUGAACUGAUCCAGAUUUACUCUGACUACAAGGAACAAUUACCUGCUUCUUUAGAGCAUCUCAAAUCAUAACAAUCACUGUCACCGCUUCUCUCAAAUUUGGCUACACAUAGAUUGCUCGACUGGCCAGGAUAUCAUCGUUGAACAGAUAAGAUAACGAAUCUAUUAUUGUUCUCGAACCGAAAUCGCAUUACAUUCACUCGACUUUGUUUUAUCAUCAAUUAGAAUUCUCGAAUCAUGAAGUCACUGGUGAUUCAUCCGCCUCUCCUGAAUUCUGCGAACCCGUGGUGUUCCACUCUUGAACAGCUCGAGGAGCUUUAUGCAUCCCCUCACACUGGAGCCGUCACGACCCGCACUUCGCUACUUGAGGGUUUCCCUAACGAUGAGUCCAUACAUCAAUUUGCUUUCUACAAUCCAUCUACCCACGAGGCAGCGACGCCAAAUAAGGAUCGUACCGACCAGACUGGCGAAACCGGCAGCUUAAACACAUUGGGGUAUAGUCCUACUCCAUUAAGAACGUACCUGGAGUUUAUCAAAACGAUCUCUGACCGCUUGAACGACGAGAAGCACUAUAAGCCAUUUAUUGUAUCCGUGACAGGUAGUGUAGAAGAUGUGGUGGAGUGUUAUCAGCUUAUCAGCGCGCAUCAACGCAAUGUCCGCAUGGUCCUAGCGAUGGAGGUCAAUCUUUCAUGUCCCAACAUUCCGGACAAACCACCACCAGCAUACGAUUCCGCCUCGCUCCUCUCCUACCUUUCAGCACUUAAAAUCGAAGUUGGGAAGCAGCUGGGCUCCACUGCACAAUCCGAGCAUCAUAAAAUCCACGUACCGAUUGGAAUCAAGACCCCUCCCUAUACAUACCACGAUCAAUUCAAGAACAUGAUCGAAGCAUUGCGUUCGUCUGCAAAACUUGAGCCACAGAAUCUGCCAUGUCCUAUUUCAUUCAUCACGGCCACAAAUACUUUGGGCUCGUCUUUACUGCUCACUCCUACCAUCGAAUCGGCCCAAUCCCCAGGAGGAUCAAAGGAACGGGAAGUCUUCCACCACACUCUGAAUUCCGCCACAGGAACCGGAAUCGGCGGACUCGCUGGAGCGCCAUUGCAUCCGCUUGCACUCGGAAAUGUGUAUACGAUCAAAGGGCUGUUGUUUCAGUACUCUGAGCUAGAGCAUAUUCAGAUCAUUGGUAUUGGUGGGGUCGAAGACGUCAAUGGGUAUCAGAGGAUGCGUGCUGUAGGUGCAGCGGCGGUUGGUGUUGGUACUGCUUUGGGAAGGAAAGGUGUUCGUGUUUUCGAGGAAAUUGGCGAAGCGUUACAGAAAGGUGGCCAUUAGGCCAGAUAGGAAUGUCAUGGUGUGAGUGGAUCUCGAAUCUCUCAACAUUAAAGCAUUGCUCUGGCCUCUUUUAAAAGACAUUGUAUCAUUGUAGGCUGGCUGAGAAAGCCGGAUAAGGGAUACAU